AUGACAAUCAAAGGAAAGAAAUGCAAAUUAAAAACGAUUCGUUGUCGCAUUAUUCAAGUAUUACUCUUUGUUAUUGGGGUUAUAUUAACCCUGUUUGGUAUUUCAAUGAUAUUCCUUGCACCACAUCUUAUUAAUACUAGAAUUUAUCAGCAGAAGAAUAUUGCCCGAAACAAUGAAUUAUAUCAUUUAUGGAAGAAUCCUGAUUAUAAAUUUAAUUCGGAAAUUUUUGUUUACUCAGUGAAAAAUCCACAUCAGAUUUUAGAUGGAAAUAAGCCAGAAAUGAUCCAAAUAGGUCCAUAUGCAUAUGAGGUAAGUUUGGAGAAAAAUAUUCUUGGUUUUGGUAAUGGUUCUGUCAAAUAUCAAAAUGUUCAUAAUUUCACUUUCGACAAGAAUGCUUCCUGCGCGGAAUGUUCAUUAACUCGAGAAAUUUGGAUUCCAAAUAUUGUUUUCCAGAAAUUUGUCGAAAUGGCUUCAAAUCCAAUUACAACUAUGGCACAAGUUGCUCUUACUUCACAACAACCAUUUUUGAAAGUUUCUAUAGAUGAUAUUUUAUUUAAAGGAUACGAAGAUCCAUACCUUGCAAAUGUAUGUGCAAUACCAUUUGUGGACAUACUUUGUAAAUCAAUUUUGAAUGUACCAAAGAGAAUUGGUUUCCUGAUGCAUAGGAAUGGUGCUCAAAAAGUUAUUGAAAUAACCACCGGUAACAAUAAUGGUAGUGUAGUAGCUGGUGAAAUACUGAACUGGGAUGGCCUCAAAUUAUUACCUGCAAAUUGGUGGACUAGUAAACAAGCUAGGGAAAUUAAUGGGACAGAUGGUGAAAUUUACAAACCAUUUAUCAAAAAAACUGAUAUAAUUUACGUGUUUGCACCGGAUCUUUGCAGAUCAAUACAUUUAACAUUUGCGAAAGAAAUCGAAUACAAAAAUAUACCAGCAUAUCGUUUUACUGUAAAAGAAGAUUUAUUGGAUUCAACAAUGCCUGGUAAUGAAGGAUUUUGUCACAAUAAUGGGAAGAUAUUUUUUUCCGAAGAUGAAAAAUGUUUUCCUAAAGGAUUUUUGGAUCUUAGUCAUUGCUACAAUGGUACACCACCCAUUCUAUUUUCAUUUCCUAAUUUUCUAUAUGCUGAUAGGAGUGUUAAAGAAUCAAUUAUUGGUCUCAAUAAAAGCUCAGUGGAACAUGAUGCUAUCAUCAUUGAAAUUGAACCGAAAACAGGAACACUUCUUCGAACUUACAUACGAUCUCAGAUUAACAUUGUUAUGUGGAAAGGUCGAGGAAUCAUUUAUGGUACGGAUUUAUCAAAGAUGCGAAAUAUGAUAGUACCAUUAUUCGCAGAAUAUCAAAUAGUGGAAAUUGGAAAUGAUUCAUUAGCACUUCUGCGGAAAAUGCUUUUACUUAUAAAAAGAGCAUUUGCAUUUCUCUGUUUUAUUCCCAUCACUACUGGUAUUCUGUUCAUUUUUAUUGCUAUCUUCAUCGAAUUACUCUUAAAAACAACAUUGAUCAAUAAAUUGAUGGGCAACUACUCGAACAAGGUGACAGUGCAAGUGCAACCACUAUCCUGACAAUUGGAAGAAUGUAUUAUUUAGAUUGACACAAUCCAUAGAUUUAAUUAUAUUCACUAAUUUAGGCAACGGGUAAAAAAGUGUCCCUUUGUCAUUUACUUUUUUAUGUCUACAAUUCGAAGCCUAAAGGCAUGCGAAGGACCUUUUUUUUUAUGAGACAUUUUAAUACUAUUCUAUGGUUAUACGAGAAAUUACAUUUCUCCUUUCAUCUUGUUCAACUGAUAAAGAAAUAU